GUUAUAAAGAGUCUCAUACCGGUAUUAAACACGGAUGCAUUUUUAACAAAUUAAAGUACUUUUAUGUGACGGAGAAUUUUGCGGUGGAUGCAAUGCAUGAUCUAUUGGAAGGCAUUAUUCCUAUUGAGUUAAGUGAUAUUUUAGGCAAACUAAGAGAUGGCGGAUACAUAUCUCUAAACGAGUUUGAUUUGUUAUUGACAAAAUUUAGUUUUGGUUCUUCAGAUGUCAAUAGUCGUCCCACAACUUUCUCAUCUUUGACACAUUCAAAAAUGACUGCUUCUGAAUGUUGGUGUCUAAUGCGAAAUCCGCCGUUUAUAAUAGGACACAAUGUCCCACGUGACGAACCUCAUUGGAAUUUACUUUUAUUGCUCAUGGAAAUUGUAGAUAUUGUUUUAUCUCCACGGGUUAAUAAUGGUUUAGCAAGUUAUUUAUCACAUCUAAUAGGUGAAAAUCAUCAAACUUAUCUCAAUUUAUUUCCGGAAAAGCGCUUAACACCCAAACAUCACUAUUUGGUGCAUUAUCCUACAGCGCUCAUAAGAUGUGGUCCACCGUGUAGAUAUUGGUGCAUGCGAUUUGAAUCUCGGCAUAACUUUUUUAAACAAAUUUCGAGAGAUUCUCAUUGUUUCAAAAACAUAGCGUUUUCAUUAACAAAGCGAUCUCAAAUUAUACUAGCAAAUGCUUUUCUUGCUCACUCUCUGUUCAGCAGUCACACUGUUAUUGGGACAACGAAGGAGAAGAUUGUAUGCCAAAUUGAACCAUGUGACGUUUGCCAGUUUUUGUGCAAUAAUUUUCUGUUAUCCAAAACAGAAACAGUUCAUGUUGCACAAUGGAUUGAGGUUGGUCAUUACAGAAUUGAAAACAAAAGUGUAGUUAUGUGUGGUUUCUGUGAUGGUAUACCCGAGUUUGGUUACGUCGAAUGCAUUGUUUACCUUGGUAAUAUUGCAUUUAUGUUGUUAAGGCGGCUUACUGUUAACUACUUCGACAACCAUUUUCAUGGUUAUGCAAUUUACUAUAAUCCCUGCUCAAAGCUUUUUAGCACUCAACUCAAGUUGAAGAGUUGAAAGAUCACAUUCCAUCUUUUAUGAGGGUAAAAAAUUAAACUUGUUAGUCCCAGAUAUGU